AUGCCUCCGAUUAAAAAGAGAAAGGGUGAAGAUGCGGCCGUGCCCGUCGAUGACGUGGACACAAAGUCCGAGCCUGAAGUCAACGAAGAGAACGAAGAGAACCAGGAACAGGAUGAAGAGACACCAUCUACGUUCAAGGACCUCGGACUGAUCGAGGAACUAUGCACAGCGUGUGAAACGCUAGGAGGACUUGCAGAGACAGGUUCCGGAAAAUCUGCUGCGUUCAGUCUGCCUAUGCUCCAGGGUUUAAUGUCAAAGCCCCAGCCGUUCUAUGGUCUCGUAUUGGCCCCGACACGAGAGUUGGCAUAUCAGUUAUCGGCCGCAAUCGAGAGUCUAGGGUCCACCAUCGGCGUACGAGUUGUCACCAUUACCGGAGGAAUGGACAUGGUCCCACAAUCUAUCGCAUUGGGCAAGAAACCGCACUUUGUCGUUGCCACUCCUGGCAGACUCCUCGACCACCUAGAGAAUACAAGGGGUUUCAGCUUAAAACAACUUAAGGUCCUGGUCAUGGAUGAGGCAGACAGAUUGUUGGAUAUGGACUUCGGGCCACUGCUCACAAAAAUUCUUAAUGCCAUUCCCUCGCAGAGACAAACACUGCUUUUCUCAGCAACUAUGAGCAACAAAGUUGAGAGUCUCCAGCGUGCCUCGCUCUCGAAUCCCCUGCGAGUCUCCGUCGCCUCAAAUAAUCGAACAACCCCAACCACCCUCAAACAAUCCUUCUGUCUGAUCCCCGCUAAGAACAAAGAUAUAUAUCUCUCUUACCUUUGCACGGAGAUGACCGGAAAAUCGAUAAUCAUCUUCUGUCGUACCGUUCACGGAGCCCAGCAGCUUUCCUAUUUCUUAAGAGCAUUAGGCUUUGGAGCAAUUCCCAUUCACGGACAAAUGAGCCAAAGCUCUCGAUUGGGUGCCCUCGGUAAGUUCAGAGGUGGAAGCCGCUCUAUCCUUGUUGCAACAGAUGUAGCAGCUCGUGGUCUUGAUCUUCCAGCCGUUGACAUGGUUAUCAACUAUGAUCUACCGGGAGACAGCAAGACAUAUAUUCAUAGAGUUGGACGAACUGCUCGUUCCGGCCGCGCCGGUCUCGCCUGCUCGCUCGUUAGUCAGUACGAUGUCGAGGUUUGGAUGAGAAUUGAGGGAAGUCUUGGCAAGAAGCUUCCAGAACAUGACGCACCUAAGGAUGAAGUGAUGAUUUUUGCGGCGCGUGUGAACGAGGCACAAAGACAGGCUGUUAUGCAGAUGAAGGAUUACGAUGAGAAGAAGGGCAAUAAGCCUGGAAAGAAGUUUGGGAAGACUUUUGGUGCCAAGAGGGGUCGUGAGCAGAUGGAUCAAGAGGAAGGUUAA